AGCUCCACACAGGAAGUCGGUUGGCGAAUUCAACAUGGCCGCUGUGUGCUAAUAGAGGAGGAGUAGUCUAAGCUAUGAAAUACUGAGUCUUUCUCAGUCUCCAGGACAGUUGACUCGGUUCAGUGUGCUAUCUGGUGUUGACGCUGGUCCGACAUGGCCCAGUGUGUUCAGUCUGUGCAGGAGUUCGUCCAGGACUCGUUUGUCCCGAUGGUGGCCGUCUUGUGUAGUGAAGAAGCGGAGAGAGUGACUCGCAAGAACAACCUGAAUUUCGCCGAGCUGCUGCGGCCUUUCUGCAGACUAACGUCCGAAGGUCACAUCCGGGACCCCAACAACCAGGUGCAGGUUGUGAAAAACCUGCGAAUCUGUGUCAACAAUGUGGUGACAAGCCCAAAUACAGCAUCUGCUGCCUUCAGCCCCGCCCAGCGCAGACUGCUCAAUGAAGUGGUGUUAUCCUGCCAGCCACAAGAGGGCGCUGCGAACAAUGUGAUCACGGCAGGAGACUAUGACCUCAAUUUUAGUGAUAACUCUCUUAAAGCUAGCACCCCCUGGUACAGUGCCUGGAGAGAAACACUGUUGGAAAUCAGCACCUCCAAGCACUACACAGCUACCACGCCCUGGUUUGAAACCUACAGGGAGAACUUCCUGCAGUCCAUGCCUGCUUCCGACCACGAGUUUCUCAAUCACUACCUCGCCUGCCUGCUGGUGGUGUCCUCCACUGAGGCAGUCCCUGUGGAGCAGUUCCUCAAGCUUUCUCAGGAACAGCACAGGAUUCAGCACAGCGGAGAAUACACUAACCCCAAGUGGUUUAUCCCCAACACACUCAAGUACUACGUCUUACUGCACGACAUGAGCGAGGGGGGUGAACAGAGGGCAGAUUCGGUGUAUGAGGAUAUGAAACAGAGGUAUGGUCAUCAGGGCUGCUAUCUGUUAAAAAUGAACUCUCGCACCAUCUCAGCCGAAGAAGACGAACAGAUUCCAGAUCCCUGGAGUCAAUACCUGCACAGGAAUAAUCUGCAGAGCCAGGAAACGCUUGAUGACGUAGCUGCAGCAGUGAACAGUGCUGCUGUUGAGAACAACAUUAGUGCAGCUGAAGUGGACUGCCAACACUCAACAGAGAAAGAAGGAGCAUCCAACAGCCUGGACAGCCAUCCUCUCCAGCUGGACACAGCGAGCAGCUCGGGGAGCCUGCACGCCCUCAGCGCUGUUAACGCCGACCUGAAGAAAGGUGCGAGAGAUUCGGAGAGCCAGGCGGGGGGAGCAGGGAGCCACGGGGCGUGUCUGACCCUGAAUGACCAUGACCACAUCAGACAAUUCAUUCAAGAGUUCACCUUCAGAGGCCUGCUGCCACACAUAGAGAAGAACAUCAGACAGCUCAACGACCAGCUGGUCUCCAGAAAAGGUCUGAGUCGGUCUCUGUUCACUGCAACCAAGAAGUGGUUUGGUGGAGGGAAAGUUCCCGAGAAGAGCAUCAGUGAACCAAAGAGCACAUUUGGCCUUCUAUAUCCCCCAGAAGCCCCGGAGCUGCAGAUCAGGAAGAUGGCUGACCUGUGCUUCCUGGUUCAGCACUAUGAGCUGGCCUACAGCUGUUACCACACUGCCAAGAAGGACUUCCUGUCGGACCAGGCCAUGCUAUAUGCUGCAGGAGCACUGGAAAUGGCUGCAGUGUCAGCCUUCCUGCAGGCUGGAGCUCCCAGACCAUAUCCAGCACACUACAUGGACACUGCAAUACAGACGUACAGAGAUGUCUGCAAGAACAUGGUGCUGGCUGAGCGCUGUGCAUUACUCAGUGCUGAGAUACUCAAGAGUCAGGCCAAAUACUCAGAGGCGGCAACUCUCCUCAUUAAGAUGACCAGUGAGGACUCUGACCUUCGCAGUGCUCUGCUGUUAGAACAGGCUGCCCAUUGCUUCAUUAAUAUGCGUAACCCUAUGGUGCGCAAGUUUGCCUUCCACAUGAUCCUGGCUGGUCAUCGUUUCAGCAAAGCAGGACAGAGGAGGCAUGCACUGCGUUGUUACUGCCAAGCCAUGCAGGUGUACAAGGAGAGGGGGUGGUCUUUGGCAGAAGACCAUAUCAACUUCACAAUUGGUCGUCAGUCUUUCACACUUCGACAACCUGAAAACGCUGUAACAGCUUUCAGACAGAUCCUGACCAAUGACAGCAGGCAGACGGCCACACAGCAGGGCGCCUUUCUCAGAGAAUAUCUCUAUGUUUAUAAGAGUGUGGUAGGGGGAAAUGAAGACAGCCUCCCCCAGCUGCCUCUGCCCUGCAUCCACAGCUCAGCCACGAGGGUCUACUUUGGACAUGAACGCCGCCUUGCAGAAGGGGAAAAGCAGGCAGCCACUCAUGUGUCCCUGGACCAGGAGUAUGACCAGGAUUUGGCAGCCAUGUGGUGCCAACUGGAGGAACAGCUUGUGGCUGCUGCCAACAGAGGGACGGUCCCAGCAAACUUCCAGCCCACCCAGAGCUGUUUGAACAGCCAGACAGACAACCUGCGCCAUCCACUGGCUGUGGCAGAGGAGCCAAUCAUAGUGGAGGUGACAUUCAGGAACCCUCUGAAGGUUCCUCUGGCUCUGACCAGCCUCUCACUCCUCUGGAGGUUCACUGCUGAUGGUGCGUCUCAAUCGAAGGAGAAGACGACUGAAGAGAAGGCAGGACAGGUCAUCACCAAUGAGGAGACUCCGGCUCAAGAGAAGGCACAGAAAGAUGAUAUCGUCACCACUGAGAUCAUCCCGGAGUUUCUUAUGGGUUUAGAGGAGACAAAAACGGCUCGACUCCGCCUGCUGCCACACAGAACAGGCCAGCUGAACAUCGUGGGUGUGGUGUACAACCUGGCUGCAGCCUCCUCUGGAGAGAUGGCUCCCAGCACUGAAGGCCAGCAGACGUUGGAUUUCAUGGAGGUUCGCGGCAAACAGGACCUGAAGAUCCGGGGGCCACGACUCAACCAGACAAAAGAGGACAAGAUGGUGAUUCGACAUGGUCUGGAUCGACGUCUGGAUCCCAUCAUAACACCACCCAUGCCGCUAAUGGAGGUCUUCUUCCUGCAGUUUCCCACCGCUCUGCUAUGCGGAGAGAUCAGGAAAGCCUACGUUGAGUUCUGUAACGUCAGUGGUGUUGCUUUGUGUGGGCUUCGAGUGGCGUCCACACACCCACACUUCUUCACCUUCGGCAGCCAGACCACCACUCCCCUCACGCCGCUCAGCCCGACCUCGGCUGAAAAUUGCUCGGCCUAUAAAACCUUGGCCACACCCCGGCAGCCAGGCUCAGUGGCAACUGAGAUGUUGGUGUCAGCGGAGGAUUUCAGCCAGCCGUCCGGUGUGAUAGAGAUCCCGAUAAAUGGCAGCACGUUGCAACCCGGGGAGUCCACUCAGCUGCCUCUCUGGCUCAGAGGACCAGACCAGGAGGGAGUCCAUGAAAUCAACUUCCUGUUCUACUAUGAGAGCACAGAGAAAGGACUCAAAAUCAGUCACCGGGUGUUGCGUCACACAGUGUUUAUCUGUGCCAGUCGCUCCCUGAGUGUGCAGGCAUCAGCCUGCCGCAGCAGUGUUCCUCCUCAUCACAGUAUGGAUGACAAAGGCAGCGGCGGCACGCUGGUCUUUAUUGACGUGGAGAACAUUAAUACGAGUGAAGCUGGCGUGCGUGAGUUCCACAUCGUCCAGGUGUCCAGCAGCAGUCAACACUGGCGCCUCCACAAGUGUAUCAACCCAGCCAAGGAUAAAGACUGUAAACUCACCAGCAGAGAAAGAGCCAAGCUGUGUUUCAGGGCCACACGAUGCAAGCCCCCCCAAGCUACCUUGGCUGCUGUAGAGAAAUUCACCUUUGCAGACCUGAAUCUGGGAAAUGAAAGGAUCAUCAGUUCCUCCACCCCUUGUGGAGAUUUCUUCUUCCGUGGCUGUCGGACCUCAGAGUAUCAGCGAGGGGAUGGGGCCUCGUCCAGGACAUCAUCCAGCAACAAGAGUCAGGGCUCUGUCCCCACUGAGGACAGAGCCUCUGACAUCACUGACAUCGUCAAGAAGUGUAAUGAGCUGGACCUCAACAUAAUCGUCAUCUGGAAGGCCUAUGUGGUGGAGGACAACAAACAGCUGAUCCUAGAGGGCCAGCUCCAUGUGGCGCUGCAGACCAUCGGCAAAGAGGCCAGUUCUCUGACUCCCAAAGAGGAAUCUCAGGAGAUGGUGCUGCUCAAGUUUAAAUCAGAACUACCUACUCCAGUCGCCCUGCCCUCCGCAGAGCUGUCGCAACUCAUCAAAACCAACCUGCACUACCCCGAGACCUACACACAUCCCUUUGUCCAGAAUAGUCUCUGUGUGGUGCCGGUCACUCUGACUCUGUCCAACUGCUCUUUGGCUCAAGUGGAUGUCGUCAUUGACCUAAGACACAAAAGCAGCAGCACGGAGUCUCUGGAGGUCCACAGCUCGUUCACCUGGGUGGGUCAGAGCCAGUACAAGCUGCAGCUGAAGCCUCAGGAGGUGCUGUGCCUGACUCUGCGAGCCUGUUUCCUCCAGGCGGGAGUCUACAACCUAAACACGCCGCGAGUUUUUGCCAAGCCGGCCGAGCAGGGCGUCAUGUGUGAGACGAGUCAGCAGACAGCUAGUCCUGCUCUCAUUAUCAUCAACAACGCCUGAGUGGAGCAUCAUGGCUGCCGACGGGAGGACCAAAUGCUCCUCUUCCCACAUGAGCAUAUUUCUUAAUUGCUACAGGGCAACAGGAAGUGCAGAUGUUUGUACCAAUUACUUAAAUAGAUAAAGGUGUAUUUAAAACAAAUGAUGAGUUCAUGGGCCUCAGAACUGUUAAGUUUCAUCAUCCAGGCAUCAAAGAGUUUCACUUGCAUGUUAUUUUUUUCUGUACAAGGCCCUCUCAUCAACACACAGUUUUACCCUCCUACCAUCCAGCCCUCCAUGGCUCCACUGUCUCCACCCGCCCUGUUUCACACACCUGCCACCAGCAUCUCAAACACCCACUUGUGUUUGGAAGCUAAGGAAAGCUCGGUCAUCUGGCAGACACGUGCUGGUGUUAGACCAGAACACUGACUUUGUCUCUGACUUUGCUUUAAGGCUUUAGAUCAAACUGUUGCACUUCUUUUAAACAGGGUGUGUGCCUACGUGGAGCCCCGUCACAUGAGUGCUCACAUCACUGGGAUAUCAGUUUCAGUGCGUGUGGUUCAGUUCAGCUGGACUGGCCUUCAGCUCCAGACUCUGUGGACUGAUGCAAAAACUUCAACCUGCAAAUAUACUGAACUCUGGAGGAACCAGAUGUGUAAAAUUCCUGACUGGACCGAGCAGUAGUUUUAAAAUGUCAGUGACUGUGACAUUCUAACAAGAGCUGUUUACAUCCUGAAUAUUGUACGCCUCAGCACUCAGACGUCUUCUCAUUGAGUCCUUGGCGAGAGGCUGAUGACAGACCCCCGUCUCACUGCCCAUUCUGUGUGUGAUUUUAACUCCAUCAGUACAACAGACGACCAUGUCCUCAUGUGCACGCAGUUGAUUUUCUAGAGUCAGCCAAUCCAAUCAGAACACCCCUCCUAACCUGUGUAUUUAACCUCACCAUAUUGUGAUCGAGCUCUUGUAUGCAUUGAAUUGACAGCUUUUCUGAAAAUUAUGUAUUAUAUUUAUAUAACAAAUUGGUUGUAAAUAGAAAAUAAAAAUGUAACUAAUGAUACUGUAUGUACUGUGAGAGACUGUCUGAUAUCUGGCCAGGGAACAAUUGACAUUUAUAGAUACAGAGUAUUGUGUUGUUGUUCCAGGUCUUAUAAAGUAUAUAAAAUUC